GUGUGUCCGUGGGCGGGUCCCGUCAGGGAGGCGUGCCAAGGAGAACGCCUUCCUCUUCCUGGGUCUGUGUGAGGAGCUGGGGCGCCGAGCGGAGCGGCGAGCAUCAUGAAUAACCCUAUACCUUCUAAUCUGAAAUCAGAAGCAAAGAAGGCUGCCAAAAUAUUAAGAGAAUUCACAGAAAUAACUUCCAGAAAUGGACCUGAUAAGAUCAUUCCUGCCCAUGUGAUUGCAAAAGCCAAAGGCCUCGCGGUUUUGUCUGUGAUUAAAGCUGGCUUUCUGGUGACAGCCAGGGGAGGCAGCGGCAUUGUCCUGGCACGUCUUCCAGAUGGAAAAUGGUCUGCACCUUCAGCCAUUGGGAUAGCUGGGCUUGGUGGAGGAUUUGAAAUAGGAAUAGAGGUAUCAGAUUUGGUGAUAAUUCUGAAUUACGACAGAGCAGUAGAAGCCUUUGCAAAGGGUGGAAACCUGACACUUGGAGGAAAUUUUACUGUGGCAGUUGGGCCACUGGGCAGGAACCUGGAAGGAAACGUGUCCCUGAGGAGCUCUGCAGCUGUCUUCACUUACUGCAAAUCCCGGGGCCUCUUUGCUGGUAUUUCCCUGGAAGGAAGCUGUUUGAUUGAAAGGAAGGAAACCAACCGGAAAUUUUACUGUCAAGACAUUCGAGCCUAUGACAUUUUAUUUGGAGAUGUCCCACGGCCUGCUCAAGCAGAAGAUCUUUAUGAAAUUCUUGACUCCUUUACUGAAAAGUAUGAAAGCGAAGGACAACGCAUCAAUUUGAGGAAAGUGGUGCGGGAGCAGAGGAAGGCUAAAGAAUUACCUCCAAAAGCAUCAUCAAGACCACAGCAGUCCCUGCCACCUGCCCAGCUGAGUGCCAGCUCCCACAGUAAUGGAAAUGAAUAUAAGCUAUAUCCUGAGCUUUCUAGCUAUCAUGAGAAAAAUGGCAGUUUGAAUCCGCCAAUAGAGGUGACAGCACUAUACUCUUUUGAAGGGCAACAGCCAGGAGACUUGAAAUUUCAAGCCGGAGACAGAAUCUUGGUUCUAUCAAAGACUGACUCACAUUUUGAUUGGUGGGAAGGAAAACUUCGAGGUCAAACUGGAAUUUUCCCAGCCAACUAUGUAACUAUGAAUUAAAGUGAACUUUUUUUAUUCUGCUAUUUUAUAAUUACACAAAAGUACUUCCACACAGACAGAAUUCACUAUUUACAUCAAGCUGCUUAAACACAUACCUUGCUCUGCAAAUGUUUUAUCCUGUUGUAAAAGAUUUUUCUCUGCAUAUAAAUAAAUGGUUAA